GAGCGAGGCUGGCAUAAACCAAUAAAGCGAAGUUGUGCUAUGGAUAUUUUAUUAAAGUCUGUCAGAAACUAAGGAGAAGGGAACAGGGAACAGUUCAGUAGAUAGUGCUAUUAGAAAUCUGAGUUAGACACCGGAGCUAAGGAGAAGCCAUAUCAUAAUAUAUACAGCUGAUUGCAUUUGCAAUUUUUAUGCAUUCAAUGACCAGAACACACUAUGACAUUUUGGGGGUGAAGGAGGGGGCAACUUAUGAAGAAAUUCGUACUAGAUACCGCUCUUCUAUUCUUAACUAUCAUCCAGAUAAACUACCAAAGGCUGAUGGCUUAUCUAACUCCAUAAAAAUGGCCGAUGACAAAUUUUUGGAGAUUCAAAGAGCGUGGGAAAUUCUUGGCGAUCCAACAUCACGGGCCGUUUAUGACAUAGAGCUGCAAACGCUGAAACAGGACACGACAACUUCAGAAGAUAUAAGCAUAGAGGAUCUGACAAUCGAAUAUGCUGGUGAUCUUGUGGAGCUUUUCUAUCAGUGCAGAUGUGGUGAUCACUUUUCCAUUGAUUCUGUAGAAUUAGAGGAGAUGGGAUAUAUAUUGUCGAUGGAUGGAGAUACUGUCUCAUUACAAACCCUGAAUUCAUAUUCUGCAUCAGUGGUUCUUCCUUGUGGAUCUUGUUCCCUCAAAAUUCGUUUAUUAAUAAAUAUUGCUGAAAAUAUUAGAUAGCAGCCCCUGGCAUUUAACCCUUAUACUUUUUUUUUUUGAGAGAGGGGGUUUGUUCCGGUCUUAGGCAUCAAUCUCAUGUUUUGAGCACUUUGGACAUGUAUAACUUGUUCUUGAUAUCUGGAAAAUCUCCAACACAUCGAAUCUUUGUAUACUUAAUUUGUUUUUCUGAUACCAAUGACGUUUGUACUAUGUCGAGGUUGUCUCUUUGUUGAAAUAUUCAAAUAGGGCUAAUUUCAUGUGUAAAUUCCUUUUUAAUAUUUAUUAACAACUCUGUUUUUCUGCUUCA